UCUCGGCGCCUCAUCCUCGCGCUCCGCUGCGCUCGAUGGGGACAAGAUGGCGGCGCAGCAACAGCUCCGGGAGGGCGCUGCGCAGCUGUCGAGGCCCACGCCCGAGGCCGACCCCCUCGGCCGCUUCACGUGUCCCGUGUGCCUGGAGGUGUACGAGAAGCCGGUGCAGGUGCUCUGCGGACACGUCUUUUGCUCUGCAUGCCUGCAGGAAUGUCUGAAGCCGAAGAAACCUGUCUGUGGGGUGUGUCGCAGCGCUCUGGCACCUGGCGUCCGAGCUCUGGAGCUCGAGCGGCAGAUGGAGAGCACAGAGACUUCAUGCCAUGGCUGCCGUAAGAAUUUCUUCCUAUCUAAGAUCCGGGCCCACGUGGCUUCAUGUUCCAAGUACCAGAAUUACAUCAUGGAGGGCGUGAAGGCCACCGCCAAGGAUGCAUCCCUUCAGCCCAGGAAUGUUCCAAACCGGUACACUUUUCCUUGUCCUUACUGCCCUGAGAAGAACUUUGACCAGGAAGGACUUGUGGAGCACUGCAAGUUAUCCCACAGCACAGAUACCAAAGCUGUUGUUUGUCCGAUAUGUGCCUCUAUGCCUUGGGGAGACCCCAACUACCGCAGCGCCAACUUCAUAGAGCACAUCCAGCGCCGCCACCAAUUUUCCUACGAUACUUUUGUGGAUUACGAUGUUGAUGAAGAGGACAUGAUGAACCAGGUGUUGCAGCGCUCCAUCAUUGACCAAUGAGCUGGGUCCUCACCAUCCGUCUCAUGUUCUAGAGCUUCUAUUAUGGGUCGGGUGUGAGCUUUGGAUCCCUGUACCUUGCCUAUAAAGUAGACCUGGAAAUGAGCCACGGCUCGGGACAGAGUCACUUCUCAGAGGGACAUGGGCGCCAGCUCAGAGUCCUCUUCCCUUUGGCUCUUGCCAUUGCCGUCUUCCCCACCAGUAACUUGUCUGUCCUGUGUUUAGUCUUCCUCUGCCCCCAGCUACUCCCUGGAGUCUCCUUAGAAGAGAGUCCACCUUCCACUUCAUGUUUGUCCCUCCUGAUCAGUGCUCCUCUCUCAGGUCCUCUGAGCCAGCCAGGACCUUCCUGGGUCAUGAAUAGCACAAUGAAACGGAUUCCUUUCCUUGCACUGAGGGGUGUGAACUUUGCAACAGUGCAUGUGGCCAGGACAGCAGCUCCUUGGCUGGGUACUGCUGUUGAGGGCCUUUGGCAGCAUCCCAGGACCCAAGUUAAGAACCCUCCUAGGGUGAACACUGUGGGUUUAGCAAAUGAGGUUUUUAGUGAUAUUUUCCUACACCUCCUACGUGCCCUUAGAACUGACUGGUUCUGUCUUAAAUGCCUUAAGGGUGCCUUUUUAGGGUGAGGAUAACCAUAAAUUUUUAGUGGAACUGUUCUAGGUUAGAAAGCAGAUGUGUUGAUCCAUAAGUGGGGAGGAGGGUCAGCUAGGAGAUAGGGGGUGUAGCUUCUGACUCAUUUGCAAACUAAUGAAGUGUUUUAAGGUGACUGAGUUGGGUGCACCUCUGUCAGGUGUCCACUGACAGUCUGGUUCUGAGGUAUGUAAAGGAGCCUGGGGGGAGGGGACUGGCCCCGUGGCCACUGUUUGUCUACUUCAUAGAUUAACCUGAGGUGGUUUUGCUGUCACACUUUGUGUCCUUACUCUAGUUUCCUUGUGUGGCUCUGUUUUAAUUUAAACCCUGCCUUUGAGUGCAGAAGCUGUAGGGCAUCAGGGUCACCCCUGUGGUCUCAUGGGAAAGACUGCUGGGAAGGCACAGUGCAUCCUGCAGGCAGUUAAGACAAGCUAUAUACUGGGCACUCACUCAGUAGCAGCUCAAGAAGCCUGAGUCAGAGCUACUAGCCUGAUCUGUAGGAGCAGGUCCUUGGACUGACCAAAGGCAUGUGGGUUUGGGGUCACUCAUGUCACAUGACUCUAGUCUGAAUGUGGAAGGUUUGCCUUGGCUGAGGCUGCACACAGUAUUGUGCUUCUGACUGCUGUGGGCCUCUUCCUGCCAGGGAAAAGCUAGCUCAGAUACCUAGAAUAGCAAAGGUGGGGCAGGGUCUUUUUUUUCCUAAUGUGUUAACUUGGAAGGGCUCACAUGCCAAGGGCCUCUUCACUGUCAUUUCUGGAAGCAGUUUGCUUAGACCUCACUGCAUUGAAUUGUCUCAGGAGAAGUUGGGGGGGGGGGGGGUAUCAGAACCAUUACUUCGGGUACUUAUGCAGAACGUCCAUAUCACAGAGCAGGAACAUCUGCAUCAGUAUACUGCGUGUAUUUUAAUAGAUAACUUUCCAGAAAGUGAGGCUUGUUUAUGUUCUGACUUUUAAAAGGUGAAAUAUAAAUAAAUUUCAUAAUUUAUCCAAC